AUGUCCCCAGCACCCUCUUCCGCCACACCCGGCCCACAUGCACUGUUUCCACCCAACGGCCUCAGAAUCCGCAAAAUUCGCAUCGGCGAAUACGAUAUCGAGACGUGGUACGACGCGCCGUUCCCUGAAGAGUAUGCCGCCAUCCCGGACGGUCGUCUAUGGAUGUGCGAGUACUGCUUGAAGUACAUGAAGAGUCGAUUCAGCGCGAGCAGGCAUCAGACGAAGUGCAAAGUUCGACAUCCUCCCGGCGACGAGAUUUACCGCGACGGGAAGAUAUCCAUCUUUGAGGUUGACGGGCGCAAGAACAAGAUCUACUGCCAGAACCUGUGUCUUCUGUCCAAAAUGUUUCUCGACCACAAGUCGCUCUUCUACGACGUCGAACCCUUUCUAUUCUACGUGAUGACGGAGACGGACGACAUGGGCGCGCACUUCGUCGGGUACUUUAGCAAGGAGAAGCUCAGCCCGAAGAGCUACAACGUCAGCUGCAUCAUGACUUUGCCUGUGCGACAGCGGCAGGGGUGGGGUAAUCUACUUAUUGACUUCAGUUAUCUGCUGUCCAAGAAGGAGCAGAGAGCGGGCUCUCCGGAGAAACCGCUGUCUGCACUUGGCGCGUUAGGCUACAAGAACUACUGGACACUGUCUUUAAUGCGCUACUUACGGGAUGCCCCACCUAAUCCACGACUAGAAGGUACCGCCCAUUCCUGA